GCGUCGGCAUGGAAUGUCUCAAAAGUGACUCUGAUAAACGGACUUAGAAAGUGUGGCGCAGCAAUAUUUGCCACUGUGGCAUAAGUUACGAUGACUUCCCCACCCGUCGUUCUCGGGCCAACGACGCCAUUUAUAUUUGCCAUCGUUGACAGAUAGCCCUAUUGCUCCAACACCACCACUGUUGACCAUCACCAAAGGGCUGCUAAAGCUUUGACAUCGCGCAGACUUAAUAACUGGUCGCUAUUACAAGGAGGCUAUAGCUGUUUUGGCCGUGAGCAUAGCGAUUUUGAGGUUCUGUUCGAUUGCGACACUGUGGAAAGACAUAGUCCGGUACUAUCGGCAAGACAAAGAGGUCUGAAACUGCGCCGGGAGAAGAAGAAGUUUUCAAAGGAUACUAGGCUGCCCUCGCAAUUCCCCAGGGACAAAGCUCAAUCAUUACCGAGCGAACGUUGCGGACACUUGUUAUCUCUCAGCCUCACCUUACCUUCACAUCACCUCCCUGACUUCUCGCCACAAACGCCAACAUGUCGGACGACGAGAGCCAAGAGAGCCUCGACUACCUCCAAUCCAACUUUGAACCCUCCUCCCUCACCGUCCCCCGCCUCCGCUCCAUCCUCGUCUCUCACGACAUCCCCUACCCCUCCGGCGCGAAGAAACCACAGCUCGUCGAAAUCUUCACCGACAAAGUCCUCCCUCAGUCCCGCAAGAUCCUCUCCGCCCGCUCCCGCGCCCGCCGCACAAGCAAAGGUAUCACCAACGCAGAUCGCUCCGAUGCAGGAUCCCUAGAGGACGAACAACCCAUCCUCCCCCCACCAUCCGCUAGCCGAACGAAAUCCGCCAGGAAGCCAUCGGCAAGAAUUAGAGAGGACACCGUCGACUCUGAGGAGCCACGCGCACGCACUCGCUCGCGAUCACCCGUUAAACAAACCCCCCGCAUCACCAGCGCCAAGCACGCCCGUGCCGCAACCGAAGACAGCAGCGAGCCCGACACCAUCCGUCGGACCGUGCGAAAAACCCGCAAGACCGAAGCACCCGUCGUCAAGCCCGAAGAUGUCGAUGAAGAUUUCCCCCGCAAGGGCGCGGCGUUCAGCUACGAUAACCCUUUCCAGAGCGGCUCCUCGCCCAUCUCCUCCUCCCGCAGCCCUAGCGGUGAGAGACGCAGGAAGACACUCCACGAGACGCCUGCGAAGCGCAAGUCUAGCGCUACGCCUCGCCGUCGCACGGCUGAUAUCACGCAAUCCCGCGCCGAUGACGGGAUCACCCCGCCUUCGAGCGCGACAUUCGAGCUCUCUCACGUUCUGAUGGAUCACCCCAUCGACUUUGACGAUAACGCCGUCGAGACUAGCGAGGAGUUCACACCGGAGGAGCAGCUGCAACUUGACUCUGAGCGCGCCGCUGGCCGAGCAUUGGGCCCCGUUGCAAGGCGACCGAAGAAGAAAUCCUCGGGUGGAUUUAACGCCAAGGGUCCCCUUUGGGUAGUCUUCCUCACCAUGCUCGGCGGCUACGCAGCCUGGUACCGACAGGAGAAACUAGCUGUCGGGUACUGUGGCGUCGGUCGCCCCGCUGCACCUAUCGUGUCGAGCAAACUCGAGCAUUUACCAGAUUGGGCCCUUGCGCUGGCGGAACCGGAGUGUGAAGCUUGUCCGCAACAUGCGUUUUGCUAUGAGCGUCUCGAGACGGCCUGUGAGCCUGAUUUCGUCCUGCGCCCUCACCCGCUCGCGCUGGGUGGUGUGGUGCCGCUACCGCCUACGUGUGAGCCGGAUGGGGAGAAGGUGAGGAGGAUUAAAGUCGUUGCGGACCGCGCGGUCGAGGAAUUGCGGGAGCGAAAGGCGAAGUUCGAGUGUGGAGCCAAGGAGGGGGGGGGGGAGGUGGUGAAGGUUCCGGAGAUUGGGGAGGAGGAGCUGAAGAAGAGGGUUAGUGAGAAGAGGAGGAGGGGGAUGGAACAGGCGGAGUUUGAGGAGUUGUGGGCGGGGGCUAUUGGGGAGAUUAUGGGGAGGGAUGAGGUGGAGGUUGUUAAGGAUGAGUGAGUCUUUCCCCGUGUUUCUUUUUUCCCGUUGUUGCGCAUCUUUCGUGUUUCAAGCCCAACUCUCACUUUCAUCCGGAUGAAGCACCUACCAAGUGGUGGGUGUCCUCGUCCGCUUUCAUUGCGCACAUCAAAUCUACAUCUAUCCCCAACUAG